UAAAUGCCUGAGAUAUCAAACACACACCACCAGAGUUUGAGUAAGUUUCUGUCAUAACUGUUCCAAAGUGUGUCCACCCUUCUCACGCAUAUGAAACUCUUUCUUCACCCUCCCCCUUCUUUAACUAUAAGGCAGGCCAGAGAGCUGCACAAACUUUCACUACAGCUCUGCACAGACACUCUGGUUCUCUCUGCUUGGUUGCGCUCCCGUCGACUUUUGCAGUCUCCCCUGCACCUAUGAAGCCUUUGGAGUAAAAGCUGCCAACCCCUCAAUUUGAUUCACUUCCUGUAUUCCAACUCCUUCCCAAAAGUGGACAGAGAAGGGGAAACGGGGGGGAAAGGAAGAAAUCUCUUCUGCUCUAAAUAAGGCUCUCUGCGGAGCAAAGCAACUCCUCGCCUCCGCGUAGCUUCAGAACUUUUGUAGUUUGUGUCGGUGGUCAGAUCGUCUCGCACAGCAGCGUUUUUUUGUUUUUUAAGAGAGAGAGAGAGAGAAAACAUUUCGCGUUAGAAACAAAACCAAAAACUGUGCGCAACUUACACCCGAAUCCAUGCAUGGUACGGAUGGUACAAGUUCUGACGCCCAUCGCCGAGUCUUCUCCUGAAUCCACGCACCGAGUUUGGAGACACUGUACGCUGUGAGACUCCAGGGGUUCAUGUACUGGAAAAAUGAAGUUUUGUCCCCUCUUUCAGAGGGAAAUAAGAUUCUGUCCGAAGGAAUUCCCACGAAGCAGGUGAUCUCUACCGAGCAUCAGGGUACACCGGGAGCUUCGCGCUGCAGUGUGGACUCUAAACACAUGCCAAUGUCUCACUCGGACGGAGAAUCCCAGCGGUCCAACAUGGAGCGGGAGGACACUCGCUCGUCCCCCAGCACUCCUUCCACACCCUCCGUGUGCUCACCGACCUCCACCACCAGCUCGGUGCCGUCCACCGGGAAGAACAUGUGCGCCAGCUGCGGUCAGGAGAUCCUGGAUAGAUACUUACUAAAGGUGAACAACCUGAUCUGGCACGUGCGCUGUCUGGAGUGUUCCGUCUGCAGGACGUCGUUACGUCAGCACAGCAGCUGCUACAUCAAAAACAAAGAGAUCUUCUGUAAAAUGGAUUAUUUCAGGUUUGGUACUAAGUGUGCCCGCUGUGGGCGGCAGAUAUACGCCAGCGACUGGGUGCGCCGUGCGAGGGGAAAUGCAUACCACUUGGCAUGUUUUGCCUGCUACUCGUGUAAGAGGCAGUUGUCCACGGGAGAAGAGUUUGGCUUGGUGGAGGAUAAGGUCCUGUGUAGGAUCCACUAUGACACCAUGGUGGAGAACCUCAAACGAGCGGCUGAGAGUGGCAAUGGUAUCACGUUAGAAGGAGCAGUUCCAACAGAACAAGACAGUCAACCGAAACCGGCCAAAAGGGCACGGACAUCCUUCACUGCAGAACAGCUACAGAUCAUGCAGGCUCAGUUCGCACAGGACAACAAUCCAGAUGCCCAGACGCUACAGAAAUUGGCCGACAUGACGGGCCUCAGCAGGAGAGUUAUACAGGUGUGGUUUCAAAACUGCAGAGCAAGACACAAAAAGCACACGCCCCAGCACAGUGGGGCUCCCCAAGGUCAUCCCCAGUCCAGGAUACCCUCGUCCCUGCCCGAUGAGCUGCAUUACUCCCCCUUUGGUAGUCCCGAGCGGGCGCGCAUGGUGGCCCUUCACGGGUACAUCGACAGUGAGUUGUUUACUUUUUUCAGCUAUUUGUUAGUCUAUUUAAAGACUGGUAUUUUUUUGUCAUUGUUUUGCUCUUUGUGUGCUCUCCAGGUCAUCCCUUCUCUGUGCUGACCUCUCAGAGUCUCCCUCACCAGGCCAUGUCGCUGCCCCAGCUGCCCCUCAGCCGCUAGAGCUCCACCACUAUGACCCUUACGACCCCUAAACCUCCGGAUCCUAACCCUUGAUCUCCCAUCACUGACGUCUGCAGACCUGACCCGGAGGUCACGCAGGAGUCAGCUUGGAGAAAAGACGCAUGUUACAGGAGCCCUGCCCACUCGGAAACAGAAAAAAGAAACGGGAGGAAGAGGAAAAACUAAGACACAUCCGUCCUUAUGCUUUUUUUCCUCUCUGGGGACAGGAAUAUCCCACCUGCAGCCACUCCGUCAAAAAACGAGCAUGAAGCAUUUAUCAUUAGCAGGAACUCAUUGACUGUGUUUUACACCGCCUAAAAGGACCCAUUUUGCUUCACAUGUACAGCAUCCUCCGCUCGAUUCAUCCAUCCUCUGACUUGAAGGUGGAGGGAGUUUUAAAAGGGACGAAGCUGACCGUGGAAGCAGGACUGAAGCCUCUUGAGUGU